AUGAUUGCCGGCUGCGGCCAACGACCCGGCCGUAGCGGCGGAAGCCUCGGCGCGCUUCCACGCUGCAGUUCCGCCCCGGCAUCACUCUUUGCCGACUUGCGCUCGAUCGUGUACAGCAUCCACGUGCGUAGAAUGUCCGAGCCCAACGCUGCGUUUGCGUACCUCCUCCAUGUGUAUGAAACCAGCGACUUUAUCGACGAACCGUUGCAUGUGCUGGCCGCGCUGAGCCGGUUUCCGUUUGUGAAGCUCAAGACGCGCGCGUUGGAGUGGGCCGUGGCGGGAGGUGUCCGCAGCCAGGACAUCCACGGCGUGUUUGGCAGCGUCGCAGCCGACUGCCUUAAGGGAGUAUGUGCAGGCCAAGUGGGACGCUUUGAGCGCACAGUACUCGCAGAUCGUCACGGAACAAGCCACCACGGCGGUCGAAGCGUUCUUGGUCGGCCGCCCCAAGGCGCGUUUACCCGCUCGCUGGCGCAGUUCCUGGAAAACAUCCGCACAGGGGCUGCCAUGUACGCCCGCGAUAUGACACUGCUGGCGGCGUGGAUCCAAAAGCUGUGA